AUGGACGAAGAUGACGACGACGACGACGACGACGACGAAGAAAAUGAAAUCGUAAUCGACCCCGACGAGGCCCUCCAAAACAAACGCAACCACCCCGCCUUCUCCUCCCUCCUCCGCAGCAAAGGCUUCUUCUGGCUGGCAACCCGCCCCUUCCAAUCAGGCGAAUGGUCCCAAGCUGGCGCCAUCCUGACUAUUUCCUGUGGUGGGAAGUGGUUCGCUGAGGAAGAUAAGGCUAAUUGGCCAGAGGACGAAGAUGUCCGCAAAUCAAUUGAGAAUGACUUUGACGGACGCUGGGGUGAUCGUCGGCAAGAGAUUGUGAUGAUUGGGGAGGGCAUUGAUACGGACAGGGUCACGGAAGUGUUCGAUCAGUGUUUGUUGAAUGAUGAGGAGAUGAAGCAAUGGGAGGGCAUUAUGGAGGGUGAUGGGUCCCGGGAAGACAAGGAAGAUGCCAUGAUGGAUAUCUGGGAAGAUGGGUUUGAGGGGUGGAACGAGGCCGAAGAGGAAGAUGAACAUAUGCAUUGA